AUAACGUUCAUUGCCUUGAGCAAUCAUGCAUGGAACUUCAAAUGGCGCGUUGGGGUCGUUUGCCGCAGCGCUGAAGGACAUCCAUGAUGCGCAGGCGCAUGAGCAACGUUACAUGAGGGAUCAGCAUGCACGGUACCUUGAACAGGUGCGAGAGGCGCAACAAGUUGAGCUCAAGAGUCUCGCUGACAAGCACGCGAGUCAGCUCGCAGCAUUUUUCGAAGACGUUCAGCGCAGCACCGCCCAGAUCGACGUGGAAGCUGGUGCGUUGAUGGAGAAGAAGCGGCAAUGGGAAAUGGUCGAACAACGUGUGCACGAAGCAGUGGAGAAACUGUCCCAUUCCGUGAUCAAGCUCAACGUGGGCGGCCGCAUCUUUGCUAUCCCCAAGGAGACCUUGCUCAAGUUCGAAGGGAGUUACUUCCACGCGAUGUUGUCGCAAAACAACUGGAAACCAGACUUGGACAACGAUGCGUACUUCAUCGACGCCGAUCCGACCUUGUUCGAGUACGUGAUGGCCUACUUACGGGAAGGCGAUUUGAGCUGCGAAGGACUGCCACCCCUGAAGAAGCAGCGUCUCAUGAAGACCCUCGACUACCUCAACUUGGAAGUGCUCGAAUGGGAUGCCAGUGCAUCCGUGGGGAUCACAGACGGUACGAUAUUGAUUUCCGAAGACAAGCGCACAGUGAGUUUUGCGCUGUCGAUUGCCGACGAAAGUGGGUUCAUUCAAGCAAAUCGACCCGUCGACCGCGUGUCCAUCCAACUCGUGAGUCGCGGCAACACCCUGAACGAUAUGCCGCUCACGUACAUUGGCUUGGAAGCGUUCCAGCGCGACGGCGACGUCGACUCGGUUGUAUCGUACAACAUUUGCUCGGGCGAAGUGAGCAGAGGCCACCUCUGUGAAGACAUUCCGCGCGGUCAGACGUUUGUGGACGGUGAUAUCCUCACGAUUGUAUACAAUCGCCAAGACAAGACCAUCCAUUUUGCCAAAAAUGGACUCGAUAUGGGCAUCUGCCUCGAAGAUGUGCCCGAAAAAAAGUAUUAUCCGUACGUCGACACCAACUGCGACGGCAUUUGCCUGUCACUGGCGAGCUAAACCAUGACAUAUAUAUAUAAUAUAUAUAUAU